AUGCGUGCAGAGGCUGAAGGCUGCUUUGUAACCACUGACUCCAGCCUGCAGCGCCAGAAGGAGGGGGCAGGAACAGCCAAUGAGAGGCCGCCUGCAGCACAGCGCCUUAUAACUGUGUCACAGGAGGUGAGCAGCGCCACAGCCGAGUCCCGCGUCUGGAGAGUUCCUUUGGAUUUACAGCGCGCACAACACAGUAAAGAGCAGUGGACUUUUGCUUUGGAGCUGUUCACCAUGAGCGCCGCACAGACCUACGAGAAGAAGAUCUCCAGUAUUCUGACAGAGCUUCCAGGAUCUAUGGGAUGCCACCCGAGCUCCAAGGACUCCCCAACUCUGCCCGAGUCCUCCGUGACGGACAUGGGCUACUACAACAGCCACCACGAGUACUACCAGGGCCAAGCGUACGGGCAGCCCAUCAACCCAUACCACCACCAGUUUAACCUAAACGGGAUGGGUGCAGGAGCCUACCCCACCAAGUCAGAGUACCCGUACACGAACAGCUACAGACAGUAUGGACAUUACAACAGAGACCACCUCCAGGCGUCGCCUCCGAUAUCAGUUAAAGAGGAGCCAGAGCCAGAAGUUCGAAUGGUGAAUGGAAAACCAAAAAAGAUUCGCAAACCAAGAACGAUCUACUCGAGCUACCAGCUCGCCGCGCUGCAGAGGCGCUUCCAGAAGGCGCAGUACCUCGCACUGCCCGAGAGAGCGGAGCUCGCUGCUCAGCUCGGCCUGACCCAGACACAGGUGAAGAUCUGGUUCCAGAACCGACGGUCCAAGUUUAAGAAGCUGUACAAAAACGGAGAGGUUCCCCUGGAGCACAGCCCUAACGCCAGCGACUCCAUGGCCUGUAACUCCCCUCCCUCCCCCGCGGUGUGGGACAGCAGCAGCAGCAGUACGCCACAGAGCAGCGCGCUCAGCCGGGCCCCCGGAGCGCCUCAGGCCGCACACAGCAGCGCGUCUCCCCCGUACAUGGAGGACUAUAGCAGCCACUGGUACCAGCAGGGAUCCACGCACCUACAGCACCCCGGGCCCGUGCACCACGCAGUGCCGCCGCAGAGCGUGGGCGCGGUGUACUGA